AUGGCUGAGACGGCAGCUGCACCCGGUUCCAAGCCCAAGAAGACGAAAAGCUCAAAGAAAGCGACAUCGCAUCCCAAAUACUCAGACAUGAUCAAAGCGGCCAUCGCCGCGGACAGGAGCCGCAGCGGCGCGUCGCGUCAAUCCAUCCAGAAGUAUGUGAAAAACCAUUACAAGGUGGGAGACAACGCCGACUCCCAGAUCAAACUCGCCCUGAAGCGUCUGGUGGCCAGCGGGCUCCUGCGUCACACCAAGGGCAUCGGAGCUUCUGGCUCUUUCAAACUGGCCAAAGCCGAGGACGCCAAGAAGCCCGAGAAACCCAAACCUGCGCCCGUGAAAGUCAAGAAGCCAGCAAAAGCCGCCGCCAAACCCAAAAAGGCCCCCAAGCCCAAAAAAGUGGUCAAGUCCCCGGCGAAAACCAAGAAAGCCGUGGAGAAGAAGGUGAAGAAGGCGGUGGAGAAAAAGAAAUCACCCGUCAAAGCCAAGAAAGUUGCCAAGAAGACGAAGGCGAAGGUGGCCAAACCCGCCAAGGCGACCAAAGCAAAGAAGGUGAAAACGGUGAAACCCAAACCCAAAACAGCAGCCAAGAAAACGACCAAAAAGAAGUGAAGAGACUCGGAUGCAAUCCAGAACUUGGUGUAAAUACACUUUUUGAAGCAAAUGUUUUUGGUAUUUUUGUAUGGUCUUCGUGCGCGGACUUCAGCGCAUUUCUUUAGAAACUUUUUUUGUGCGCAGUUGUGCAUCUGUAAAGAAGAGGAUUCAAGAUCGAAAUUGCUUAAGUUAUUUAUUUUACAUUUCCCCAAAUCAAACCUUGUUGGACACUUAUUCAGAUAAACUAAUUCUCUGAAAUAAUUUGUGAAAAUAUAUUCUUAGGUUAUUCUAGGACUGUAAAAAAUGUCAUUGUUUGUAUGAAGAACGGUGCUUUAUGCUCUAUAUGAAGAAGGUGUACAGAAUUGAACCAACUUAGUAGACGUUUCAUUGCUGUUUAAUAAAACUGUUAUUACGCAUCUGUGCAUCAUUAAACUUUUCUCAUUUAUGAA